AUGGUGAGUUUUACAAAGGCGAACGGAAUUUUAUCUGUGCCUUUUCAGUUGUUUAUGGCAAAGGAAAAUGCUGGAUCAGAAAAAAAUGCUGCAGCAGAAAGUAACGCUACCCAAGGAAAAAAAGCUGCGAGGCCGCUGUUUGCGGUAAAGCAAAAUGCUGGACCAGAAAAAAAUGCUGCACCAGAAAGUAACGCUGCCCCAGGAAAAAAUGCUGCAAUGUUACCAUUACUUCAAGAACCAACGAGAGAUCCAUAUAAAGAUGGUUGGUCUCUUGCGAGAAACUCAAGAGGCGUUACAGGAUCUAUUCCGUCUAACUAUGUUGAAAAAAAGGACCUUUCGACAAGUCAUGAAACGAAUGGUUCAAGUAAAGAGACGAAAACAAAAAAGCAAAUCAAGCAAGAAUGGGAAAGGAAAUUAGAUGAGGAAGAGGAGAGAAGGGAGGAAGAAGCGUGGAAAGGUUUGAAGCUGCAGGCCGAACUUUGCCGACGUCGGGAUCAGUUGUUCGAUUACAAAUUUGGCGACAAGAUAGGGCUUGAUAAUUUCUCUGGAUUAAAUAUCGAUGAUGUAAUCCAACUAAGGAUCGGUGUGUUUGGCCCCUCGGGUUCUGGGAAGAGUUGGUUUAUCAAUACAUGUGAACGAGCAAUUAGGGAGACAGAAAAGGGAACUGCCACAGAAGGUAACACUGGAAAGGAAGAGACAGUUAUGCUCGAGGAUUACCUGCCUGAGAUGUUCUUCCAUUUGACAGACACCAGGGGUUUCUUCGAUUAUCACUCCACAGAGUUAGUCGCAUUUGAGAAUAUCUUGAAUGGAAAACUGCAGCCGAGCGAUAUCAUUUAUCUCCAACAAUCAAACCCGAAUAGACAAAAGUUUCAUCAGUCCCCUACAUUUGGACAGAGAAUGCAUGGAGUGAUCUUUGUUCUAUACGCAAACGACCCUAGAUUGAAAGACGGGGCAAUGAAGGACCAUUUAGAGCCAUUCAGAGGUGUCCUGCGAAAAAACGGUAUUGUUCCUGUAACUGUUGUUAGUCUGAUGGAUAGACUUCAUAGCAUAGAAGACUACCGAGAAAACCUCCUGAAUGCAUCAGAAGCCACAGGAAGUUCCCUCAGUCACACUUUCUGGAUGCCUACCUACCCCACAAGAAACACACCAUGUAACCUUGCAAUCGUGCGCAGCUCAUUUGACAUAUUGGACAUCGUGUUGGCAAGUGCUGAAAAUAUGGUUAAGUUCUGGAAACUAAAAGAAGUUUCGUUGGAGGUUUUCCUUCGCUUGCUUCAAAAAAAGUACCAGUUGCUAACGAGUAGCAUAGACGAGGUCUUGAGUCAGCUGGCUGAGGAAGACAUAACGAGUGUGUGCUUGUUAGAGUUGGGCUGGGAGGAAAUCAAACACUUUUUUUCGCCACAUGUUAGAGGAAUUAUUGAGCAGGAGCUCAAAAUACUCUCUGAGGAAAUGGAAGACAUUCCACCGCAUAUUCUUGCACGAGGCCCUUCGGCUUUGAAAGCCUACAAGAAGGCCAUUGCUGAAGGGAAGACCUUUGUCAGGAGAGUACCCAUUAUGUUAAUUGGACAGGACCGUUCGGGAAAGACCAGCUUGAAAAGAUCCCUUAGGGGACAAAUUUUUGACGAAGAUGAAAAUAGCACCGUUGGUGUAACUGUCGAUCCUUCUUAUUUUAAAGUUUCCCACGAUGUAUGGAAAGUGGGAGAGAAGGACGAAGGAGUGAAUUCAGGGACAACUUUCUCGUAUGAGUACCAAGCCGCGCGUUUGACAGUGGAAAAUCUGAAUGAGGAACAAGAAUUCAUGUUUCCGCAAAAUCUUGAGGAGGACAUGCUAAUUAAAGAGACUCUUCCAAUCAAAAAGCUUUCAGGAUUUAAAGAAAGUCGUGCCCCUUCAAUUCCCUCGUCACAACGUGUUCCAGUGAAAACUGAACGCGCAGAAGAAAGAAUCCCUGACACUCAUUCCGUAUCCUCAGGUUCGGUGUUAACUCCUGAAAUUAGCCAUGACUUGUCCCUUGACCCUGCCGAUGUCCCAAUGAAAAACUGGGAAUCCUCCGACUUGUCUCAAGUUAAAAUUACCGGAGAAAAACGAGGUGGUGACAGCAUAAAAGACAUGCCAGCUGAUGUAGCAAGUAUAAUUGAAAUGUUGCUGCAGAGCGAGGAUAUAACGAAAUGCGAAGAAGACGUUUUUUCAGUAUUGUGGGAUUUUGGCGGACAAACAGUUUAUCAUGCAACACACCCUCUCUUCCUUACUUCAAACGCAAUUUUUCUUUUAGUCAGCGACCUGAGCCGGAAUCCAUUUGAAAAAGUCAAAUCGCCGAAGCAGGGAAUGUUCACGGAGUUGGAGGAUAGCCAUUCCCUAAAGACCAAUAUGGAUUACCUCGAUUUCUGGAUGUCCUCCGUAGCUUCCCUAGCCAUUCAGGAUGAAGGCAAUCCGGUGGUUACACAAUCUGAUGUGUUACCUGAGAAGCUCCCCCCCGUUUUUUUAGUAUGCACUCAUGCUGACAUGCCUCAUGAUCGACGUGGUCCAAAAGUACAAGCUGGAAUGGUAUUUGGUCACCUACAAAACAAACCAUAUAACGUCCAUUUGUAUGAUGACGUCUUUGUUGUGGAUAACACCAAGUCUGGUCAUGAGUCGGAGUGCCCAGAAGUAGUGCGCCUGCGCAAAGAAGUGCUUGCUGUCGCUAAGAAACUACCACAGGCAAAACAAGCCGUUCCAAUCAGGUGGCUGAAAUUUGAAAAAGCAAUUCAAACCACGAAAGAAGAAGGCCGCAAAUGGAUACCCCUUCAAAGUGCGAAAGAUAUUGCUAGUGAUGUGUGCGAUAUUGUUGACGAUGACGAAUUCAGUGCAUUACUAAACUUUUUACACGACCAGAGGAUUUUAAUUCACUUUGAUGACACCCCGAAUCUUAACAAAAUGGUGGUCUUGGACGUUCAGUGGUUGAUUGAUGUGCUUAAGGAGGUAAUAACUGUAAGGCCAUACGAUGGCAAAGAGAAGAAGUUUAAAGACCUAUGGAAGAAGCUUGAAAAAGAAGGGGUCUUGGAGGAAGAUCUUUUAGAACAUGUUUGGGGCUCCAGUUAUGACGAUGGAGAAACCCGUGAGAGUCUUGUAGCGAUUAUGGAGAAAUUCAGCUUGCUUUGCCCUUUACCUUCAUCUGAUGGAUCGUGCAGUAGGACGUAUCUGGUACCCUCCAUGCUGAUGUCACACCCACCAGAGGAUGUACUGGAGCUAGUUGCAUCUGCAGAAGCUCCUCCUCUUUUUCUUCGCUUUGAGUCUGGACAAGUUCCAUCUGGCCUAUUUUGUCGAUUGGUGCUGCAACUGUUUCAGUGGUGCAAACAAGAAUAUGCAAGCCCAGAGUACCCUCAGCUGUAUCUUAAUUUUGCUCGAUUUUACAAUUCUGAAGAAGGAAACUGCUCUGUCAUUCUCCUGUGCCGUAUGUCGUCUAUUGAAGUUGUUGUCCACAGAGGUAGUUCCAGUAAUUGGGAAACACACAGAUCAAAGUCAAAGACGACUUCGCCUCUUCACAACAACGAUGACACCUUUGCUUGUGCAGUGCUUAGGCAGUUGGAGCUGAUGCUUGAGUCCAUGCGAAUAGAGUUUUGGUGGCUUCAGAAUAUGAAGUAUGCAGUGCAGUUCCUAUGCCCUGUUUGUUGUCCAGGAGGUGCAGUCAGUUACUGCCGCACACAUCUUUCAAAGGGCUGCAAGCAAGAUGAAUGCCUCCAUUUCUGGUCCAAGUCUGAGUUGUGCAGAAAUAUGAAGAACAUUUGUUGCACCCGCUCUGCAACUGCCAAGUCUAACAGCAUUUCGCUAAAAUACUUCGAGGCUUGGUUUCGUUCCAAGAGAAAUCAGCAACCCACAUGUAGUGAAGAUGAUGAUGGGAGUUUAGCUUCGUCGGAUGCUACGCAACUCUGCUUGACUCGAGAACGCGUUGGCGAAGAUAUAACUCCACAAAUGAAAGAGGUUCUUCAGUUGGAGGGAACUUGCUUUGGAACACCGAUCUCUGAUUCAAAAAGGGAGCAAGCGCUGGCUACUUCAAAUAAAACUACCGAAGUUUUCCUACCUGAAAAUGUUCAGCAAUCCCUUCUGAUACCGUCGCGGGAUGCCAAAGAGGUUGUUUUUCAACUGAAGGAAAACCUGCAACUGGACCAAGACUUUCUGGAGCGGCCAGACCUCGAAACUACGAAACUAAUCCGUAGUCUGGCCCAAAAAGCGAAGGAAUUUAAGAGGCUUGAUGUCUUUAAACUUUUAAAAGAAAUUGCACCGGCUGGAACUACUGGUCCUUUGUUGCCUGAAAACCUUCCUGUCCAAAAUAUACCGUUCGCUAAAGCAAGGGAACUUACAAUCAAUUUAUCUGGUGGCGAUGAAUGGAUGGGGGUUGUUGAAGGGCUGGGACUGACUCCACAAGAAAUUCGUUUUCUUGACAAGCGUACACUGAACCCAAUGGCAGCAGCUCUGUCUUUUAUCGUCAAGCGGCGCCACUUAAGCGUGGAUGAGCUGUACGAAUUGUUGAUUGAACAAGGGUUUCCCAAGAUGGCUGAUCUUCUGUAGGAAGCUGACCUCGUGCAAGUACCCGUUAAACCUUAAGAUCGCCUUUUCAAUAGAUUGUGAUGAACCUGACAGGCAUCCGAUGUAUUACAGGAUGUUCUAUCCAAUUACACUUUUAGGGAGUUUUUCUAUUCCAUUUAAUGUAUUGUCUGCUAGACAUUAUAGAUUUUUAAUGAUUUGCACAGCCCUACUCGUUUAUCAUGGCCUUAUCGCGUUCAUUGCAACGAAAAUUUUAAGUAAAGUACAUUUUUGACAAUAUGAUGCAACAAGUUAUAGAUGCAAAAUAUUUAAUAGUUUCCACUUUGCAUUUUUCCUUUUUCACAAACACGAUCAUUUAGAUUAGCAUAGUAGUUAGAUCAGGAAUAACAAAUCUUGAUUGAUUGUUUCAUUCGUAGUAAAUCACAAAAGGAGAUCGAGAGUUAAAGUAAAAUUUUUUAUUCAAAUUUCUCGUGAGUUUUGAAUCCUUGUAACGGAGCAAGAAAAACGCGCGCAAUUAAUUUGAAACGGAGAAAUUUGACGCGAGAUCGACAGUUUUUGAACUUGUCACGAGUAAUUAUAAGUUUCCAGGCUAUCUUUUCCUUAUAUUCACCGUCCUGUGGACAGUGUAUUAAGUACCUAUUAGACAUCAAGUGUGGGCUUCAUUGUGUUUAAGGUAAAGUUUGGUAAAAUGCAUGUUUUUGAGAGUGCUCUCUUUCUAUAUUCAGGGCGUAAUGAGCACAUGGUAAAAAUAAAAAAAAAAACAAAAAAAAAAACUUCACUACCGAGGCUCUCAAAUAUUUUGGCACUUCUCUUAGAAUGUUGAAGAUAUAAAGUAGUCGUAAUCCCGAAAGCGGCUUAAUCGCAUAUUUCGUAUAAUAGAGCCACUUAAAUGCCAAAUAUAAAAUGAAGUAUGAAAUUCCAGAAAGAAAUGUUGUUCUCAGAGGCAAUAAUGGGAGCUAAUACACUAGAUGUUUAAUCAACAUUUUCGCUCGAAGUUUUACCUGCUGUAUUCAGAGUUUUCAAACAUCAAGGUUCACCCGUUUUGUUUUCAAAUCUUAGAUGGCUCUGAAUUUCGGAAUGUCUUGAAAGUUUCUUAGAAAGUAAUACUCAGUUCUACUUCAAUAUGAUGAAUAUAUGAAGUUCAUAUAUUUUGAACUGCGGCUAAAGAUACGUAUGAUGCACGAUCCUUGCA